GAGUGAAUGUGAGAGUCAGCGUCGCGCCGCGCGCGCCGCCCGCCUCCGCCGCUCGGCGCCCUUAUUUCGGCUGCGAGGGGCGGGCGCGCGCGUAAAGGCAUAGAGACGGGCGUUGAGCUGUCGGGCUAGAGCGUCGCCGAAUCGGAGCCGGAGCCCGAGCCGCGCGCUGUGUCUCCGCUGCGUCCGCCGAGGCCCCCGAGUGUCAGGGACAAAAGCCGCCGCCGCGCUGCCUGCUCCCGCCGCCGGGGUUCAUCCGCCGCCGCCGCCGCAGCCCUGAGGAGAGUCCGCCGCCGUCGCCACCCGUGAGGAUCCGAGAGCCAUGUCGGCCAGCAGCCUCUUGGAGCAGAGACCAAAAGGUCAAGGAAACAAAGUACAAAAUGGAUCUGUACAUCAAAAGGAUGGAUUAAACGAUGAUGAUUUUGAACCUUACUUGAGUCCGCAGGCAAGGCCAAAUAACGCGUAUACUGCCAUGUCAGAUUCCUACUUACCCAGCUACUACAGUCCCUCCAUCGGCUUCCCCUAUUCUUUGGGCGAAGCUGCUUGGUCUACUGGGGGUGACACAGCCAUGCCCUAUCUAACUUCUUAUGGACAGCUGAGCAACGGAGAGCCUCACUUCCUACCAGAUGCAAUGUUUGGACAGCCAGGAGCCCUAGAUUCUGGUAUGGCUUUGGGAGCACACUGAAGGGAAUUUGGAGCCCCUGACAAGACAAGGCUGCUCGUCUAGCUCUCCCUGAGUGCUGAGGGGGUUGGGAUGUUGGAUUUGUGUGUUAAAAAAACAAAACAAAAAAUCCGAACAUAUUGGCCUUUAGUAUAAAAAAGAGUUUGUUCUAAAAGUUGGUUUGGUGAAGACCCCAAAAUGCAGCUAAACUAAUUUUUUUAUUUACUAAUGACAGCUUUGCUAGUGGAAAUUGUUGACUUUUGACUAUUUGCACUCAAUACUUCUGUCAUUUGUGAAUGUAAGACUUUGGAUAGCCAUGUUUGUUUAUUUUUCUCCUUUGUUAAAGAUGAGGGGAACCUGAAUAAUCUCACCACAUACCAUUAGUGUCAAUUCAAAGCAUUUUAAACCUUUAAUAUGAACAAAAUGUAUAAAUCUUUUUUUUUAAAGGUUCUGUUUUUCGUUUUUCUCCCCAAAACCCCCGGUACAUAGUUGUAUAUUUUAGUUGUGGGUCCUUCUAGCGUGGCCUGAUGAGCAGCGCCAUGUCCGUGACCAGGAUCCGAACCAGUGAAACCCUGGGCCGCCAAAUCAGAGCGUGUGAGCUUAACCGCUCAGCCACGGGCCCGGCCCCAAAAUGUAUAAAUCUUACAUUCACUCAAUUUAAUCUUAGUUAUAUUUGACUGGCUAUCUUCCCUCAACAUGUUCCAUUUUUUAAAAAUUAUUUUGGAAUAAUUUUAGACCGUUAUGAAAAUAGUAUGGGGAGUUCUCAUGUACCCUUUCCUCAGCUUCCCCCAAAUGUCAACAUUUUAUAUAACCUUAAUGUGGUUAUCAAAAACGGUAAAUAUUGAUACAGUACCAUUAACUAAUCAACAGAUCUUAUCUGGAUUGUGCCAGUUGUCCAAGGAAUGUCUUUUUUUUCUGGCUCAGCGUCCAAUCCAGGAUCCCACAUUGUAUGUAAUUGUCCUUAGCCUCUAACCUGUGAGUUCUUCAGUCUUUACCUUUUAUGAUUUUGACACUUUUACAGAGUACUAGCCAGUUAUUUUAUAGACUGCAGAACUGGAUUCGUCUCACAUUUCAUACUAUUGAUUGAGAUUAUUUUUUGACUAGAAUACCGCAAAAGUCAUGUACCCUUGUCUGCAUUAUAUCAGGAUACAUGAUGUCCAUAUGUCUUCUUACUGGUGGUGUUAACUUUGAUCAUUGGUUAAGGUAGUGUUUGCCAAAUUUCUCCACUGUAAAGUUUCUGAUUUUCCCUUUGUAAUUAAUAAGUAACUCGUGGCGAGAGAUACUUUAAAACUAUCAGUCUUUGGUUCUCUAAUUUUGACAUCUUUGGAUUGUUAUUGCCUGCAACAAGUAUUACCAUGGUGUUUGCCAAAUGUUAAUUCACUGUGUAUGUUGUUAUUCUACAUUUAUAAGAAUUAGAAUCCUAUGAGGAGGAGCUGUCCCUUCUUCCCAUUUUAUUUAUUCAGUUAUAUCAGUGUUUACUUAGGGAUAUUUUAUUCCAGGGGACAGUGUUACUUAUUUUUUUCCUCAAAUUUGUCCCAGCUUUGGCCAUUGGGAGCUCCUGCAAGGUGGCUCCUGUGUCUUUUUGACAUGCUCCCAGUGUUUUUUGGAGCCCUUCCUUACUUUCUCUUCCUAGCUAGUCUUAUAUUUUCCCUGCCCCAGCCUUAUUUUUCCAAGAAACAAAGGUUCCUUUUUUGGGAGAAUAUUUAGGAACCAUCUUUGACUUUUUUUUUUUAAAGCAAUUCUUUAAGUAGCAACAGAUUGUAAAGUGAGGUUUUUAUCACUGGUGUGCGUGCAGAAUUAUUUAGCCUAAUCAGAGCACCUAACCACUUCAGUUCUUCCUCCGUUUCCUAGUGCCAUGUAUGAAUCUUCUGGAGUCAUGGAGAGGGCGUUCACUUGACAUACUCCUUCACCUAGAGUGAGGCCCAAAGAAUGUGGCCUGGUUUGCACCCUUCCAUAAUUUCUACCUUUAGCCUUGUGAAUAGAGAGCCAAGGUGUUGGAAGUCCUAGUUUCUACCCCACAACUAUUUUAGAGGUUCAGAGCUUUUUCUACCUGUGAGAAAAUAAAUGGUCAUAUACUAAAGUUUUCUGUUGUUUAUUAUAGAGCUAAUAUAGCACUUGAGUAUUGCUUAUUUUGAUCUUUAAUUGAAAAAUGAUUUAUUUGAAAUGUCUGUCACGAAUGUAGGACCCUUCGUUCUGAAAAUGAGACUGAGAGUAAGUGUCCCUAGGGUUCAGAUCUGACAGGGUUUACAAUGUUUUUUUUUUUCGUUGUAAAGUAAUACCACUUUCCUAUGACUGUCACUCAUUGCUAGUGGUUUCUGAGCAGCUGGUGAAACCCUGAGAAGCCUUUCCUUGGAACUGUAAUACUCAUUACAGCUGCUGGGUUUGCAUGCAACGUGGAAAGCUGACAUGGCUAUGGGAUAAGCCAUGCACAGCGAGGUCAAGUGGAUUGGAGAAGGUCCCGCAAACCUGCUGGGCUCUGCUUCCGGGUUUCCGGGACUGUGCUCAGGGCGGCACCUCCCGCUCCGCCCGGCUCCGCCCGGCCGCGGGGCUCGGGGACUGACGGCGCGUGCGCGAGGCCCCCAGACGCGUGGUUGGCUGCCGCGUUGUGGCCCGCAGGAGCUCUCCCUGCUAACCUGAUGCUCUCCGUGCUCCCGCGACCCUGCCAACUCUAGCCCGCUGCAGCCUGCGGGGCCUCUCUACAGACCCUCUGUUGUACGCUUCCCCCUGCCCUGACCGAGUGCCUAUUCUACUGCGGGAAACUGGAUCAAGAUGGUGUCUGCCAUUGCUUUUGCACCUGCGCAAAAGCCAGUCCCCGUCCCAAACCCCUUAGCCUCACAGGUGAGCUAGGUCCCCUGAGGGCCGGGGAAAUGGGAUUUCGAGCUACCCUGCUGCGGGGCAAAGAUGCCAUUAGUGUCAAGCAUGGCUUACGCUUCUACCUUUUUAAAUAAUGCUCAAAAAUAAUGGCUAAAAGUUCGAAGGGUAUUACUCUGGCCCCACCUACUGGCCAUAGGCGCUGUUCACGUGCUCGAAAAAGAAAAAGUUAAAAGUUGCACUUUAAGGGUGAAGCUCCCUGAAGAAACUCUCAAUUUUGUUGGUUGGUUCAGUUUUGCAUGUAAGUGUAGUCAUCUGUUUUUUCUAUGCAGUCAUUCAGCCUGUAUUUUGUGAGCCCCUGUUGGUGCUAUUGGUCACUAGGGGAACGGGAACUAAGAUUCUUGUCCUCUCAGAAUUCAGUUUAAGGGUUACAUUGUAACGAUUUGGAGUUGUGGGAGAUACACAUGGGGUCCUGUAAGAAGAGAAGAGAGGCAUCUACCCAGAAGAUUGCUCUUUCUCUAUUGGAUUUUCCUUCCUAGCUUUUCCUUAUCUCGGUGGAAACCACAGGAGCCCCUUGCCUCUUCAUCUGCUUCACAGCUUCAGCUCUCACUCCUGGCUACUCUGCUCCAUCAUUAACCAGCUGUGUGAUGUUGGGCAAGUCAGGGGAUUGCUCUGAGCACACGUUUCUUCAUUGGAAAGAGGAAGUGAUGUCUGAAGCCAUUUGUAUGAUUUUUGCAGAGAUUUAAAUUCAUUUUAACUAGUAGUGCUUUUCUAAUAAAAAAAUUCAGACAGUUACAUAUAUAGAAUAAAAGUAAAUAGUAUAACAAUUUGCUAUCCUUCUAAACCUUUUAUUAAAGAACUUUUGCUUUAUGACAUAAAAUCAGCGUAUAUAGCAU